GCGUUGUGUGAUAGGGUCGAUGCAAACGAAUGUCUGUUUUGGCCCUUGGCAGGGUAGGGAACGUCUCCUUGCGCCGAAGAAAGAAGACGGACGAAGAAAACGGCGCACACGUGCUGAUCGAACGUCGCUCGCGUACGGUCACACAACGUGCCGUGACAUCGGAGUGAGCGCGCUUCCGUCAGCAGGCUGCGAGAUCACGCCCAAUGCAGUAAGGCGAGCCCCCGAGAGCGCGAGAAAUGAAAGUUUCGGCUACUCAGACGGCGAAGAGUCACCACGUCUUCGCUCGUCAGAAUCAGUGGCG